AUCAGUGGCCCACCCAUCCUAGCCGAGUUCGGCCAUAAAGAAGAGAGCGAAGAAGUGCGUCUCACCGUGGAUGCCGGCGCCGCGGUCCGCACAGCGAUGCGCCGGGCCGCCGGGCUCGCCCUGACUCUCGCCUGCGUUGCAGCGCAUGUCCUCGCGCUACCGAGGGACGCGGCCGACCCCCAGGCCGGAGCCGGACUACAGCUUUCCCCUCAGGCACGUUCCCACAUUGAAAAAGACCCGGAACGUUUUGACUUUUUCGGGGAGCUCAGAGAGGAGCAGUGCCAGGAUGACCUCGACUGUGACCGGAACACGGGUCGCGUAUGCGCGCGCAAGCCCAGCGAUGCGGCCGGCCACUGCCGCUGCCCACCCGAGAAGCCCAACAAGGACGCGCAGGGCCAGUGCCAGCCAUCGGCCGAGCAGCAGCCCGGCUGCCAGCAGAAUGCCGACUGCGGGAAGCCCCUGCUGGAGUGCGUCGAGCGUCAGUGCCGCUGCGUGCCGCCCAACGUGCUGCAGGCAGACGCCAGCUGUGCGCCUCCGCAGGGCGACGCACGUGCCGAGCCAUCAGCAUCUAAGUCUACGUGGCUGUCGCCUCUGGCCUUCCUCUUCUCCAUCCUGCUUCUCAUGACUUGCACAGUUUUUGUCACCAGGUACCGCAAGGACGAGGAUGCUCUGGACGAGAUGUCCGAAACCGGUGCGGGUGGCGCCGGUGGCACUGGAGUCGCGUCCUGGUCUGCUGCCAAGGCUGCCACGGCCUCCUCGUCGUCGGCUGCUCGACUGCAGCCGAGGAUGUCGCCGGCAGGCAGCGACCCAGGUCAACGAGGGCCGCUCGAGCCGAGGUCGGCGGAAUCUGAGCCUGGGUCGGAGCAGGAAGCUUCGAGUGUGGGCCAGGUUGACGAAGACGAAGCGAGCGACAGACUCACCGUAUCCUCGACUCCAGACAGUGAAGGAAUCAAGAUGCAAAGCCGCCAAGAGUCCGCACAACAGCAAAGCAGCGGACCCACGAAGGGCCCCGAGGUAGCCAUGUCAGUCGAAGUGCGGAAGGCAGACGCUGCACCCAUAUCGCGAGAAUCAAGUGACAUGCAGCAACAACGACCAUCAAGCAUGCCUCGGCCAAUCAAGCAGCUGAGCAGAUGCUCGAGCGACGGCAUCCAGUUGCCAGAGUUUGUGCGCAGCCCGACGCAGCAGGGUGGCGACGUGGGCUGGCCCGACAUGGUGCCCGUGCAGCGCAUUCGCCGUGGCCUCCAGUUGCUGGGAAGCACGCCGCGCAGGGACCAGCUGCAGCACCUGCUCGACGGCCGGGACCUGUUUGAGCGAGAGGACGAGGGCGUUGAAGUGGACCAGCAGCAGCUGCUGCAGCCUCCACGAGAAGAUGCGGUGCUUUGCAAGACUGUGCAGACGGACAUCACGCUGGCAGCGGCCAUUGUGCCGUUCGCGGCGCUGGACAGCGCCCUCUGGCCGAUGUCCCCUUCACGUUGUGACACGUGGCCGCUUCCUCCAUCACGCUGCGAUACCGUUGCCUCGAAAGUUCCGCCGUUGCUCACCGUGGACUGCGGAGACUACAAGGCCGGCCGGAGCUCGGGCCUCGAACCCGGAUCCUCGGAGCUCUUCCUGGCUGAGCGACACGAGAAGCCGCUGGCCACCACGGACGCGCCCCUGGUUCAUCAGUCCCCAAACAAGGGCAUUGGUGGUGGCGCGGGUGCUGCUUCGGCACAAGAUGCCAAAGGUCUGUCUUUUCCAUCGCCCGUAACACUACGGGUCAGGGCAUCCGGAGAAGGCCCUUCUACGAGCUCACAGCAGCCGCAGUCUGAAAGAUCACGGUGCGAAGGUCGGGACUCGUCCAUGGGCAUCUCAUCAAGCCCGGGCACUGCAAAGAACAAGUCGCGCUACUCCAUCCGACAGGCAUCCAGUGGCGAGCUGGACAGAUACGGCAGCGAAGCAGCCGCAUCCACUGACAACAACAUGGCGUCCGUGGCGGCAAACUCGGCCAUUGGCCACGUAGUGAUGCAAGCCAUCGAGGAAGCCUCUGCUUCCGCAGACCCGACUUCGGAACCGCCGUCCGAGCUGAUGGGGACCGUGCCGAGGCCGUACCACGAGUCCUCCGUCGGAGAAGGCUCAUCUCAAGACUGCUGGGCGCAUAGGCUUCGGCCGAACGCGGCCGACGAAGACACCUCCGUCUCCUUCCAGAGCUUCGACGUCGAGGCCCAGGUUUCGGCCGCAGAACGCCAGUAGCGGCUGAGCGAGUCUCGAUCGGUGCCACAUUUCCGUGACGGCAACGAUUUGCGAAGCGCGUAGUCAUGACAGUGGCUACAUUAUCACCGCAAAAAGCUGACGUGACGUCUUCAACAAAGGCGCACAGCAAACGGUUAGUUAAUGGUUUACGUAAGCGCUUUAUACGUAAACGUUUAGUUAAACGAAGCCGCCCAUGUCGAAAUAAAACACUUUGGGCACGUGUC